AUGCAGCUCAGCAGUCCGAAUAUGAAGCUCCAAACUGUGAAGUUGGCUGAGACUUACGACAAAGACUUCAAAACCGCUUUUGCGCUACAACUUCGAGCGAACGAGCUGUUCCGUGGCACGGACAAGUACGUACAGGCUUGGAAAGAGGCAUGCAAGACCCUUGUCACGAAGCUCAAGAGUGUGGACGACUAUGCUAAGGAAUUGAGGGAGUUCUUGGACGGUCUUCGUGAGAAGGAAAGUGAGGGCCCAUCACCAACACCAAGCAGUCAGUCGAGUGCAGGAAGCGUGGGAACCAAGCGUCGUAUGACACCACCACCAACGCCACGGACAGUAUCGAAAGCGACUCCACAGCCUACACCGCAGUCAACGGCUCAGUGGACACCCGUGCCAUUAUUACCUCCAACUCCCCAGCCAAGCAAUGCAGCGACGGUCGUGUCUUUAUCAACCAGACCGCCAACACCACAACAACCCACGGAUUCCAAUAAGCGCAAAGCCGACGUCAUUAUUUUGGACGACAGCGACGAGGAAAUUGUGAAGAUCGCCGCAGCUCUUCGCAAGGGAAGGAAGAAAGCCCGCAUCGAAAACGAGCUCCGCAAGUACAAUUUGUCACUAGGAGCGUUGGCAACGCAAGUUAAGAUUAGGAAGGAAGAGGAGCCGCAGGUGGAACUUGAAGAAUACGAUUUUCAUUAA